AUGGCCGCGUUUCUCAUCCUCACCGGUGGUCAUGAGCACACUCAUCAAUUCAUCUCCUACGUUGGAAAAGGCAAGAUCGACACGCCCCCCGAGUUCAAAAUUAGCUGGUAUCCCGGGCCUGAAGCCGGUGCAUACUUCGAAAUGGACAGAACGCGAGGAAUUGCGGAGAUGAUCCCGAACGAAGAUGACCCCAUGAAGGUAGGACUCUCUGUUGCGAGUUGCAUGCUUCGAUCACGUUCUCACUCGCUUUAG